AUGGCACCCUCAAUCGAAGUCGCCUCACCCACCCUGGACGUCGCCGCCGUACCUCCCAAGGAAGACUUCCAGAAAACCGCUGCUCCAAGCUACAUUCGUGAGCCCCUCAAAUACUCUGGCUCGCUGGACGAAUACAAGAGCUUCGACGUGACGCCUGUCAUUGGGCGAGAGUUCUCUGAUCUUCAGCUCGCCGAUAUUUUGAACGAUGAUCGGAAGAUUCGUGAUUUGGCCAUCCUGGUAUCCCGCCGUGGCGUCGUCUUCUUCCGCAACCAGAUUCUUACCUCUGAUGAUCAAAAGAUUCUGGGUCAAAAGCUCGGUGAGCUGACCGGGAAGCCUGCUACUUCCAAGCUGCAUCGGCACGCUAUCAAUAAUAGCAACCGAAACCUCACCGUGAACGAGAACGGCAAACUGGACGACGAAGUCUCCGUCAUCUCCUCGGAGACAAACCGGAAGUACUACGGCGAAAAGUUCGUGAACAAUACUCGCCAUCUUGCAAGCUGGGGGUGGCAUUCUGAUAUAUCCUUCGAACGUGUUCCCUCGGAUUACGCCAUCUUGAAAAUCACCCAUGCCCCCGAAGAUCAGACCGGUGGAGACACGCUCUGGGCUUCUGGUUAUGAAGUCUAUGACCGGCUUUCGCCGCCGAUUCAACGGCUCGCGGAUACCUUGACGGUUGUUCAUCAUCAGCCAUCGUUCGGAAACAUUGCAAAGGAACAUGGUAUCGAUCUUAUCGAAGGGGACCGAGGUGCCCCCGAAAACACUGGAUUCGACUUUAGCGCUAGCCACCCGCUCGUCCGCACGAAUCCAGUCACCGGUUGGAAGAGUCUCUUUGGCGCUGCGCACCAAGUCGAGCACGGUUAUGUUGAGGAUGUCACUCACCGCGAGAGCGAAAUUCUCAAGCAAUAUUUCCUUCAACUGAUCGCCGAAAACCACGACCUCCAGGUCCGCUUCAAAUGGGGGAUCAAUGAUCUGGCUAUUUGGGACAACCGCUCCGUCUUCCAUACCGCAACGAAUGACUUUAGCGGAAAGCGCCAAGGAAACCGCGUCGUUUCUCUCGGGGAAAUUCCUUACUAUGAUCCUGCUUCCACAUCGCGGCGCGAGGCAUUGGCAACGGAGGUCUGA